AGAAAUCAUAAAAUUUAAAAAUAUUUUACAUCUACAAUUGACUUUCUCUUGCAUAAUAGUCUGUGUGUUGAUAUGCUAUGGUGCAAGGUUCUCUUUCUUCUUACAUUAGAGGGGUGUGGAGGAAUCGAUAUCUACGGAAACAGGAAAGGGGGUCGUCGACCAGAGCAUAGUAUUAUCUACAGCGAAGAAACCUUUGAUCACAGAGUAUUUCUGAAACUUGGUAUAAUAGUCCCGCACACCCAAUGGUUGGAGAGGAAACGUAGAUAUUUACAGAUUAUUUCAAGCAGUCUUAGCAACCUUGACCGGAAUGUGUUGCUUGCAAUCAACGAGAGCUACAGGUUUGAGUUUAGCAGAAGACAGGAGUUACGAGCUCCAGAUGAUUCUAUAAAUUUCGAUGAAGUGGUUGCUGUGUCUCCACCCCCCAGAGAUAUCCUAGAUCUACUGUGUGACCAAAUAAGAAACUCCAGUGCUGCAAUUAUAUAUCUCACAGAUACUGAAAGGUACGGUCGGUCAACUGCCUCCUCCCAGUAUUUUCUCCAGUUAGCAGCUUACCUUGGUAUACCAGUGAUAGCUUGGAAUCCAGAUAAUUCAGGACUAGAGAAGAGAACCUUCCAAGAUGGACAGAAAUCUAUUGGUAAACUUCAGUUAGCCCCAACAAUAGAACACCAGGUUUCAGCCAUGCUCUCCAUUCUUGUCAGAUAUAAUUGGCAUCAGUUCGGUAUUGUCACCUCAGAAAUAGCAGGUCACGAUGACUUUGUGCAGACAUUUCGUGAGAAAAUACCAGGAUAUCAAGAUACUUUCAGGUUUAUAAUCCAGGAUGUUUUCAAGCUAACAGAAUCUAAGAACUAUACUGUAGAGGAUCUUGCUAAGAGUGAAGUCAGAAUAUUUCUACUGUACAGUACACAGAGAGAAGCCGAGUUGAUUAUGCAGAAGGGGGCAGCUGCAGGAUUAACUGGGAGCAAUUAUCUCUGGAUUGUGACGCAAAGCGUAGUGGGAGAUCCUAAGGACAAAGUGAGCUUGAGAGAGAAAUUCCCCAUCGGUAUGCUUGGUAUUCACUUUAUUGUAGAUCUAGACACAGUCCUACAUCAUAUUGUUCCACUUGCCGUUCAGAUAUUCUCCUAUGGUGCUAUGAGUUUGGUUCGAAGUAAUUGA